UAUUGAAAAUUCAAAAUGGACUUCGGAGUAGGUGGAAUGGAAAGCCUGGCUAACCUCCUUGGCGCAGACAGGGAGGAGGAACCAGAGCACCAGUUCGGAUCAGCACUGAACCCUGGUACACUUGAUGGCAAGAAGAAGGAAGAGCUUGCCAAGCCAAGAGCUAAGAUCGAAGUCAAGGUUAACAACAGAGAUGCUAAAGGAGGCAUUAAAGAAGAACUCAUUGAUGAAUCAGUCAAGGAUGAGGCAAGGAAUAAGGAAAGAGAUAUAUGGACCGACCAAGAAGUCAAUCUUCAGUCUGAAGAUAUGCCAGAUGAUCGUGCUGAGCCACAUUAUGAGGUUUUACAUAAGCAGAAUGUUGGAACUGAGGAUGUCUUCUUGGGACUCUCUGAGAAAGAUCCAUCAAGUAAUUGUUCAGAUGGACUCUUAAUGAAAAUCCAUCUUCCUGGAUGUAAGCUUAAGGAUAUCGAUUGAGAUGUAAAAGAGCAAUCAGUUCAUGUGCAGUCCCAAUUCCAUGUUUUAAAUCAUAUUCUACCUUAUCCUGUCGAUAAAGAGAACGGUAAAGCUCAAUGGGAACAGAAAAGCGAGACUUUAAGAUUGACCCUCCCAAUCAAGAAGAAGGAGAUGGUAGAAGCCUUAAUGGAUUCGAUGCAUCAAAAUAUGGGGAUCUAA